UGUAGUGAAAUUUCUAACCUUCAAGAAACCCUAAACCCCCAAAUAUUCAAACGUAUCCUCUCUGAUCCGAACAGACCGGCAUAAAUUCAACAACACGAACACAUAAAUUGAAUCAAAUGGCGUUCAGAUCGAAGGAAAUGGUGAAGAAAAUCAUGAAGAAAAUAGGCGGCGAGAAGAAUUUGAAUCCCGGAGUGAAAGAAUCUUUGAAGAAGAGUUUGCCGGAGAGUAAGGUGGUGAUGAGCAGAGCUCACCGUGGAAUUUACGCCGGCCGGCAUAUUCAGUUCGGUAAUCAAGUCAGCGAGAAAGGUGGAAACAAGACUCGAAGAAACUGGAAGCCCAACGUACAAGAAAAACGUCUUUUCAGUUACAUUCUCGACCGCCACAUUCGCGUAAAAGUUACAACACACGCACUUCGUUGCAUAGACAAAGCAGGGGGCAUCGAUGAGUAUCUACUAAAGACACCGUACAAGAAAAUGGACACCGAAAUGGGGCUGUUAUGGAAAUCUAAAAUCGAGAAAAUGUAUCAAGAGCUCGGAAACAUGGAAGUUGUUUUCUUCCCACAAGAAGAAGAAAACAAGCUUGCAGAAGAAUUCAAAGACAUGAGAAUUGAACAACGCGUGGCGCGUAGGGAUGCAAGAAGGAUCGCGUAUGGUUGGAGUCCAAAAGUUGCACAAAUCAAGGAGGCGAGUGAAGAUGGUGAAGCAAAUCAUCAUGAGGAACUCGUUGCUAAUUCGUAAACGGUUGUUUGAAUAUGAGUGGGGCCCGGUGAGUUAUGGUUCCGAGUUGGGUUGACCCGGGAUUUUGAGUAGGAUUAGGUUUCGGCUUGUGUUUUUGAAUUUGUAAACGAGGCGGUGGUGUAAUAAGCUUUUGUAUUAGUAGCAGAUACGAGUUUAAGGUAAGAAGUAUAACUCGGUUCUUGGUUUAUGGAAACUAUUUAGGUGAACUUGUUUUCUUUUGCCAGCUUUUUCUGUUUUUUUUUACUUGAAUGCUAAUUUUUG